AGUUUCACUUACUAAAUUUCCCAAACCAAAAAAAGAGUGUUGAAUAUCCGAAUAUUCAUUCAAGAUUAACACAACAUGGACAUUAUCGCAAAAUACAAACUCUUUAAUCUCUCUUUCUCUUUCUCUUUCUCUCUCUCUCUGCCCCUAUCACUUUCUAGAUUCCAAUACUCACUUUCGAAUUAAUAUUCUUUCCUUUGGAAGGUAAAAAACCCCACGAAACUUUCACAUCCAUGUGACCAUGUCUAAGGUUCUCGAACCCCUAGAAGAAGAAAAGACAGUAGAGCACAAACCCAGGAGCCAAGAAGAAGAAGAAGAAGAAGAAGAAGAAGAAGAAGAUCAUCAAGAGUCAUUGAAGAAAGAAGAGUUGUUGGAAUCUCUGUGUACACCAACGUCGAGUGAUCACAAGAUUCCCGAAGUGGAAACAUGUCCUCCACCGCCAAGAAAACGACCGCGUGAGGUUUGUCUGAAAAAGAAGAAAAGAUUGUCCAAAGAUCUUCGGUUCUUCGAAGCCACCGACGUCGGAAGCCAAGAGGUAGAGACUUUAUUUGUUCACGAACCAAACCCUGUCCGUAAGAAACGAAGGAGUAAUAGUGCUUGAAUCAUAAAUUUGAUUCUGUUCUGUAGAUAUAGUACUCUUGUUUCUUUACUUCACAGAUGAAUUUUCGAUCGCUUUAUUAUAUACCUAUAAUAAUCUUUUAGUCCGAAUUCGUGUUACA